CCUUCUUGAGCGGAGCGUGGCGCCCGACGAAGGGCCUCCCUCUCCUCUCCUCUCGCUGGCCUUGGCAGCAGCUGACUCGGAGCCCGGGAGGAGGAGGAGGAGGCCCCGAGCGGAGCCAUGGGCGAAGGGGAGAGCCCCAGCAGCAGCCUGGCCAGUACCCGAAGCGGAGGCACGGCUACAUCCCCGAGACGGCUCAGCGCCCAGCAGCUCUUCGCCACCGCCGACGGACUCACCUACAAUGACUUCCUCAUCCUUCCCGGCUUCAUUGACUUCACAGCGGAUGAAGUGGACCUGACCUCGGCUCUGACCCGCAAGAUCACCUUGAAGACGCCGCUCAUCUCCUCCCCGAUGGACACGGUCACCGAGUCGGACAUGGCCAUUGCCAUGGCACUGAUGGGCGGCAUUGGGAUCAUCCAUCACAACUGCACCCCCGAAUUCCAGGCCAACGAGGUCCGUAAGGUGAAGAAAUUCGAGCAGGGCUUCAUCACAGACCCGGUGGUGCUGAGCCCAACCCACACGGUGGGCGAUGUCUUCGAGGCCAAGAUCCGGCACGGCUUCUCGGGCAUCCCGGUCACUGAGAUGGGCAAGAUGGGCAGCAUCCUGGUGGGCAUUGUCACCUCCCGGGACAUUGACUUUCUCUCCGAGAAGGACUACGGCACCCCGCUCAGCGAGGUGAUGACCAAGCGCAGCGACCUGGUGGUGGCCCCAGCUGGCGUCACCUUGAAGGAAGCCAACGAGAUCCUGCAGCGGAGCAAAAAAGGGAAGCUGCCCAUUGUGAAUGACGAGGACGAGCUGGUGGCCAUCAUCGCCCGCACCGACCUCAAGAAGAACCGCGACUACCCUCUGGCCUCCAAGGACUCGCGGAAGCAGCUGCUCUGUGGGGCUGCCAUCGGCACGCGGGAGGACGACAAGUACCGGCUGGACCUCCUCAUGCAGGCCGGUGUGGACGUGGUCGUGCUGGACUCAUCUCAGGGAAACUCCGUCUACCAGAUCAGCAUGAUCCACUACAUCAAGCAGAAAUACCCGGAGCUCCAAGUCAUUGGUGGCAAUGGAUGCACAGUGGUGACAGCGGCGCAGGCCAAGAACCUCAUCGACGCUGGCGUGGACGCCUUGCGCGUGGGCAUGGGCUGCGGCUCCAUCUGCAUCACGCAGGAAGUGAUGGCGUGUGGCCGUCCCCAAGGCACAGCCGUGUACAAAGUGGCUGAAUACGCCCGCAGGUUCGGUGUCCCCGUGAUCGCAGAUGGCGGCAUCCAGACGGUGGGCCACGUGGUCAAGGCGCUGUCCCUGGGGGCCUCCACGGUGAUGAUGGGCUCCUUGCUGGCCGCCACCACGGAAGCGCCGGGCGAGUACUUCUUCUCGGACGGAGUGCGGCUGAAGAAGUACCGCGGGAUGGGCUCCCUGGACGCCAUGGAGAAGAGCAGCAGCAGCCAGAAGCGGUACUUCAGUGAAGGGGACAAGGUGAAGGUGGCCCAGGGGGUCUCUGGCUCCAUCCAGGACAAGGGCUCCAUCCAGAAGUUCUUGCCCUACAUGAUCGCGGGCAUCCAGCAUGGCUGCCAGGACAUCGGUGCAAAGAGCCUCUCCAUUUUGCGGUCCAUGAUGUAUUCGGGGGAACUGAAGUUCGAGAAGCGGACGAUGUCAGCCCAGAUCGAGGGGGGUGUCCACGGUCUCCACUCCUUUACAUUUCUGCCAUUUACGAGAAGCGGCUGUACUGAGGAGGGCUUCCGGAGCGGCAGUGGCAGCAGCACUGGUCAGCGAACGGGUCCCACCGUCCCCACCCCACUUGCUGCCACCAGCGGACACCGCCACCGCACCUGACUGACUGGCUCACCCUCCCUGGCCCCAGUGGAUGAUGGGUAGGGGCUGCCCACGGGCAUAAGACUGGCACUGUGGACCCCCAACUGGUGCCACCUGGACACACCACACCUCUCCCACCAUCUCUGGGGAGUUAUACCUUUGAACUGCUGGACUCUCUUUGGCGAGAUGGUGGUGGCUCUCAGGGGGUGAGUGGGGGGCACAGGGACCCCACCCUCUGACCUUUUUUUGGACAGCUGGCCCUCCAUUCUGAAGGUGGGAGGGGGUGUUAGUAGUAGGCUUUCUGGCGCUGCAGCUUCCCUGGGGGCCGCUGACCACUCUCUCGGCCCUCAUCCUUCUCUCCUGCUGACCGGCCUAAUGGACUUCUUGCCCCUGGGGAGCCCCCUUCAUAGUUCUGAAGGCAGCUGGGGGGGAGGAGGCUGACCUCCCCGAAAUGGUUGGAGGCCGACCUCCUCUGUCCUCCCCUUCUGACAAGGGGUCACCGCUAGUUUCAUUGUGGGCCCUUUCCUGGCAGAGACAGUCUUCCUCUCUCCAUUUCGGCCAGCCUUGAGUGCUGCUUUUUAGCCGUGGGGGGGAAGGCCCAGAUGCAAAAGUGGGCGCCUGAGAGUGUCUGUCUGUCUGUCCUUGCACUUCUGGGGUUCUUAACAAGGGGUCAGGUAGUGGACUGGCUAUGGGGCACAGGGUCUCCCUGACUGGCCCAGAGACUUGGCCUAUCCCACCCAGGUCAGAUCCAGGCUGAGCCCAGCACCUUUGGCCAAAGGGCCCCAGGGUCCCUUCCUUCCCUUUUGCAGAAGUCAUGGGCACAGCUGCUCUCCCCUAGAGAAGGGGUGGGGGGUGGGAGGCGUGGGUCAGGGUCUCCCGCCUCCUGUGAUGGAUGGACGGUCAGGGCGCUUAGAUGGCACAGUUGCAUUCCCUAUGCCCAGCAACACCCCACCUCCCUUUUGAAGGCUGUAGCUUUUGAGCAUGUUAGGGUCCAACAUUGUGUCUCUCCAUAUAUUAAAUAAUAAAAAGGCUACAGAGCA